AACCAAGGCCUGUAAAGCUCGGGGUCUCACGCCCGUCCACUAUUGGUUUGGGGCCGGAGGAGGCUGUGAGCCCUGAGGCCAGGGCUGAGGAGCAAGGCCUGUGUUUGAACCAUAUUGGUCCCAUUUGACGACAGUAGCCUUGCGCAGCCAUGGAGAAGCUCUUAAGGUUCUGCAGCGGGAAGAGUGAGUCCCACAGCCACUUGUCAGACCUGCUCAGAGGCUGGGGCUUCAGCCUGCAGAAAAAGCGUUUCGGGAAACUUCACAAAGCAGCUUCAACUGGGGAUCUGGAGAAACUGAAGGAAUACCUGCAGCUCAAGAAAUACGAUGUGAACACGCAGGACAAAGAUCUCAGAACACCCUUGCACCUGGCCUGUGCUAAUGGAUAUACAAACAUCGUAUCUCUUCUAAUUGAGAAAAAAUGCAAAAUAAAUGUCCAGGAUAGUGAAAACAGAUCCCCACUGAUUAAGGCAGUACAGUAUCAAAAGGAGAAUUGUGCUACUGUUCUUUUAUAUCAUGGAGCAGACCCAAAUCUGCUAGAUAUUCAUUACAAUACCGCUCUUCAUUAUGCUGUUUGUGGUCACAGUGUCUCAUUAGUUGAAAAGCUGCUUAAACACAAAGCUAAUCUUGAAGCUAAAAAUAAGGAUGGGUAUACUCCACUAUUACUUGCUGUUUCUGAAAAUAAGGCAGAAAUGGCAGAAUUUCUUCUGGAGAAAGGGGCAGAUGUGAAUACUUCAGAUAAGAAUCAAAGAACAGCCCUUAUGAUUUCUCUCAGUGAGGAACCAACAAGUAUAGUAAGCCAUCUUCUUCAGUAUGAUGUGGAUCUAACUUGCCAAGAUAUUAUGGAUUUACAGCUGAGGAAUAUGCUUCUUUUAAUGGUUUUACCAUAUAUCAUCAAUUAAUUGCUAAUGAUGGAAAGGAGAAUAAAGUUAAGCAGAAGUGCUUCUUUGAAGAUAAAACUGUAGGCACUAAGUCAUGGAAGAACUGAGGGAAGCUAAACAGAUUGAACUGUGUGUCCUGAUUUCCAAAGAUUGGCCACUCCUGGGCAAAGAGGAAGAAGAACAUGUAUUUUAUGAAUCAAUCUUGUUUGUUUUUUUAAGUUACAGUAAAAUGUCUCCUUUUGUAUUCAAAUAAACCAAGCUAAAUAUGUUA